GUUGGUUGUUUUGUGAUCGAUUUCCCCGCAUUUUUCAGUUUAGUUUAUAUGCAUUUCAUGUGCUAAACGAUUUCUUCCCUCAAGCGAGUCCUCGCUCCCCAACCGGUCCUAAGGGGCGGCUAAUUAAAACGCGUCGUCUGACGUUACUCAUAUUAAUUGAUAAAAAAACCUAGUAAUUUUUCAUUUCGCGAAAAAUAAUUUUAGAACGAUGGGAUUUUUUAAAGAAGGAUCUAGGACGCAGUGAUGGUUUGAUCGGUAUACAGUAACCGGUCAUGGUUUCAGGAUAUUUAAGCAUUAUUCUGUCAGCAAAGUUGUCAUAUGUGCGGCUGUGUUGACACAUGUAGUGUAGUGUUUAUUUGUGGGCGGCGCGGGCGCGGACAUGGCGCUGGGCGGCGCGGUGCAGAGCGCCAGCAUGCUGGAUCUGCUGUUGGAGGAGAUCAACUUCCAGCGCACCAAGGAGAUGCGCCAGCUCAUGAAGGAUGAGUCGGGUUUCGUGGUUCUCCAAGGCACGACGUACUGGACGGACCUCUUCGUGCGGCACUUCCUCUUCCAAGAGGAGCGCUCGAUCGACUGCGACGACCUUCUGUUCUUCGUGCGCAAGCGCCACGUCAAGGGCUCCUCGCGGUACCUGCCCAAGUAUGAGACGGACGUGGAGGUGUUCCGCAAGGACUCGAAGAAGCUACCCAUCGGCGACCCGGAGAUCGACUGGGAGGAGACCGUGUACCUCAACCUGAUUGUGCACCAGUUCGACUACACGCUGACGCUGGCCGUGUGCACGCGCACCAGCCCCAAGGAACUGCAGGUGCUGCGCCGGCACUCGCAGAAGGUAUACGCGUCGCCCAGCCGCCGCAAGAUGGACACAAAAGGCGAAGGCGAAGAGAUCACCUACCCCCACAUAUGCUUCAUGGUCGAUAACUUCGAUGAGGUAUUCAGCGACAUGGUGGUCCGCGACGGCGAGAUGGUGUGCGUGGAGCUGGUGGCGCGGGGACGCGGCGCGGACGCGCUGGCGGUGCUGUUUCUCGGCUCCAUCCGCUACGACGCACUGUCCAGGGUCUACGACUCCCGGCAAUCGUCGCUAUCAACGAAGGUAGCGCAGCGUAUGUCAUUCGGGCUGCUGGGGCGCGCGGCGGCGCGCUGCGAGUUCGUGCGCAUGAAGGGGCCUCACGGCAAGGGGCAUGCCGAGAUGGCGGUGGCUCGGCCGAGGGGCGCCGGCGUUGAUACGCCCACGUCCGAGCCCGGGCUGGCGGCUACCGAUCUCUGGGACAGUGAUUGGGAGGAGGAUCCGGAGGAGAUGUUCAUGUAUCGACAUCAGCGACGUCUAAGCGACCCCAGCGCCAACCUGAACAACUACUCUCGCGGCGGCUGGCGCACCAAGGACGGCAAGGACAAGAGUCGCUCAGAGAACGAGGGGCUCGACUCGCUGGUCGCCGGCCUGGCCGAGGUGCAGGCCGGGGAUCUGCGCGACGAGCUGGAUGACGGCGCGUACAACCCGCUGUGGGCGAUGCGCGGCUUCACGCAGACGUUCGCGCUGUGGAAGGAGGGCAAGCGCGCCUCGUCCGCGCCGCUGCACGCCUACCUCACCUACGUCACGCUGCCGUGGUGGUGCAUCGCCAAGGAUAUCCUGGACCACCGCGAAGAACCCAUCCUGACGUUUUGAACUGCACUCCCGAUCGAAACCGACACCGAUGUUAAGUUACCUGCAUCAAAGAAGCGGUUCUUGAACUUGAUAACUUUCUAAAUAGGUAUCAUAGGUACUUUUAUAAGUGAAUGGGCUCAAAUUUUGCGUCCAUGUCCGCAGGUACAGUCAAGUGUAAAAAUAUGGGUGCACAAAUCAUCUCAUAGUUGUUAUGCCAGCGAAUUAAGAACUAUGGGACAUAUUUUUGAGUAAGUUAUAUACAACCAUAUUUUUACACUUGACUGUACCAUAUAGACUAAACUGCAAGUUCAUAUUAAACAUAAGGGUCGAAUCUCGACAUGUAUGGCCGCAAAUAAGAACAAAAAAUAACGAAGGACUUUCUUUGGUGCAGGUAGGUACCUUAUACAGGGUUACUUUUUUACCGGUACAAUAAAUUUUACCACAUCAUUGGUAUCGAUAAUAGAUAACAUUGCACAAAUAAAAAAAUUUAUUUAUUUAUUUCGCAUCAAUUAAUUUAUCCUUCACCAAUUUAGUAACUUCUGGUUGCACUAAUUACAAGGUGUCAACGGUAUGAAAUCGCGCGCGAUGACGUAAACAAACAGUUGCCAGUUCGUGCGUUUGCUAAUUGAUGCGUAAGGCAUCCACAUUUUCUAGUACUUUAGCGGAUAAGUUCGGGCAUUGGUAUUUUUGUUUUUUUGUUCCCAAAUAGUAGUAACAAAGAAUGCUGGUAUUUUUUAUUUUUGGCAACAAUUACGUAUGUUGAUUUAUUGUA